AAUGUGCAGUUUUAUGAUUGAAUUAAGAAAGUACAUAUGCAUUUGUGUAAAUACAGAAAUAAGAAUAGGCAACUAGAGCUGUAAAGCAAAAGCCGAAAGGUAAGGACCUAACUGGGCUGUCUUCAUCUAGCACACGCAAACAAAAAGGUGGAUUUUACCCAUCACGCAAACCUGGCUUAUCUGUGCCAUAUCCACAAGGAGGGAAGCCUUGACUGGUCGAGAAGGUUCCAUGCUGCCAGCAGAUGAUCCUUGGCAAUGUUUUUCAAAAAAAAAGAAGAAGAAGAGGGAAACCUUUGCAUCUUCUGCCUGCAAAGUUUAUGCUUUCUUCUCUUAAUAAUCAAGAAAUGGAACAAUACUAAUCUUGCUCUGAAAGAUAAAGAUGAGUUCCAAGUUAUUUAAAACUCUAGCUGUUAGUCUUUAUCUCAGGUAUAUUUAUGUGAAACAAGAUAAAAUGGUAUGGAAGAACCCCAACAUAUGCAUUUGCUUAUUCAGAAAAGAACUUUGUGCGUUCUUGACCAAAGAUCGCUGUUAACGCAAAAUCCACGGAUGGUUAAAUACCUGAACAAACUUGGCAUAGUUUAGCCCUGAAGGCAAAGCAAUGUAGGAACAACUUUGGGUUGGCAUACAUAUAGUAGUUAAAAGGUUAUUCAACUGAGCCUGAAGGAAUGAUGAAAUCUUUUCAAUGGAAAGUAAGAGGGCAGAGUGCAUCACGAAUCUCCUUCUGAAGAUAGUUUUUCCCCUAGCUUUUCCCCUGGCUGGUGCUUUUAUCUGUGACCUGAUAACAAACAGGGCAAAUAGGCACAGUAGUUACACAGACUCAUCUGAGAGUUCAUUCCAAUUGGACCAAUCAUCCGGUUCAAUCUGCAAAGAAGAGGAGCAAGAAGAAAUGGAGUCAACUCGUCAGGCAUCGCGAAGGUUGGCGCGAACAAAGAGUGCCUGCAGCACUGCAGGUAGGCUUCAGAUCAGUGAACUUGCAAGGCAGGCUUCGAAUGCCGAAGAUGUUAUGGUGGUAGAGGCCACUGAAAGUUCUUCAGAAGAUACAGCCCACAAGCAGCUCCAGGAUGAUCAGAGGAUGGUCACCGACGAGAUUGCAAGCCUGAAGAUCAUGGUGUCGGCCCUCGAAGACAGAGCUUGCAGCAUCGAGUCGCAGUUCCACGAGUACUGCGACAUGAAGGAGCAGGAGUCGGCGUACCAGAAGAUGCAGAUCAUGUGCCUGGGCAUGAAGCUGGAGCUGCUGGAGUCCCAGAACCAGCGGCUCGAAGCAGCUGCUGCGGAGAUCCGGGCAGCAGCCGAAGAGUUUGCGGCCAUGAAAGGCAAGCUCGACAUGCUGCAGAGCAAGCUCAAGAAGAUCACCAAGAGAAGCAAGCAGGAUUCGGAUGCUUUUGGUGAGAAAAUCCUGGCUCUUGAUGCCAAGCAAUCCCAGAUGGCGAGAAGGUGCGAGGAGUUCGAGCAGUGCAUGGAGGAGAUGAAGCAGCUGACGCUGCAGCUGCAGGAGCAAAAGGAAGCAGUAAACAAUGAGAACGUGGAGGUGGUCGUGGAGAGAAGCUUGCGGAACCUGUCGAGCGGCCGGGACCUGGUGGACGGGCUGGAGGCGCUCCGGGACCGGUGGGCCGCCGGCAUGGAGGAGAUGAUCUACCUGGGCUGGAUCACGGCGUGGCUGCAGCACGACCUCAUGCUCAUCGACGACGACGGCGGCAGCACCUACGACGGCGACGAAGACGGCGGCGCCGUACUCGGUGUCAGCGCCUACGACGACGACGACGGCCGCAAGGGCGGGCGCCCGGCGCCGGAGGACGAGGAGAGGAAGAAGGGGGAGACGAUGGUGGCCGCAGCGGCGCCGAGCAACGAGGUGGAGCUGUGCAAGGCGGGGUCCGUGUCGUCGUCGUCGUCCGGGUCCGCGGGCCGCCCGCGCCGCAUCGUGGAGGUGGAGCCGCCGCCGCCGGCCGCAUCGUGCCUGGGGUUCGCGGCGGCGGGAGGGCGCAGCAGCAGCGGCGGGGACGGCGGCGGGUGGAGCAUCGGGCGGCCGAGGCUGCUCCGGAAGCUCCGCGGGUGGGCCGGCGCCGGCGGGACCAAGGCCGGCGACAGGGGCAAGGCGCGGUGCAGGAUCGCGGGCCCGUGCUGUCAGAAAUGAAAUAAAUAAUUACAGUGAUUGGUCCCUGUGUAGACUCCGUAUUUGCUUGUGAAAAUUCGAGAAUGUUUGUUUUAAAAAAAGGAUUCGAGAAUGAAAAUUGAAAUUUGUUCUUCGAGAA